CGCGCGCAAUGCAUCGCUAACCCUGCGCAGGGGCUUGAACCCAUCGCAACCUCACCGAACCCAUCGCACAUGGACGAUGAGUUGCUUAUGGAUUUCACUAAGCGCCUGCGACGGGUUAACCCGUCGCUAACUCAUCGCAGCUUAGCGGAUGCUCAAAGGGUGCUCGCAGAGCUGCGAUGAGUUCAAAAACGUAACUUCCUGUCUCAAGGUCAAAUACUGGCGCGAAAACUUUUAUAAGUUUUUGUACACCGGUACGGUGUAUGGAGGAUUUCGGAUGUUUUGCAAGGUAUUUUAAUCAUGGCUCGCCUUCUUUACAUCAAUAACGCGAGAGCACUUAAUAGAGAGCGUGUUUUUAGGGAUAGGACUAAUCCAUUGGAUACAUUAAACGAUAAAAAGAUGCACAAAUAUUAUAGGUUUACGCGACAGGGUGUGAUGAGAGUUAUUGACUUGUUGGAGGAGAGAAUUGCGCCGUUGACGCAGAGGAGUCAUUCUAUUGAUGCGAGGUUGCAAAUUUUCGUUGCUUUAAACUUUUACGCAACCUCAGAUUUUUAUUCCAGUGUACUCAAAGAUCAUGGUGUUUCAAUUUCAACUGUUUGUAGAAUAAUUAAUCGUGUGACAAAGGUGCUUGCUAGUUUGAAAGAACAGGUAGUAACAUGGAGGCCGGCGGGUGAGAAGCAAAUGGAAUUUUUGGAGUUGAGUGGCUUCCCGAUGGUCGUCGGAGCCAUCGACUGUACUCAUGUAUGGCUUGACGGCAGUCCACUAAAGACAACCGAAUAUGCGUACGUCAAUAGGAAGGGGUGGCAUAGCAUCAAUGUGCAAUUUGUCACCGAUGCAAAUUACAACAUAAUCAACGUCUGUGCACGCUGGCCAGGGUCUGUCCAUGACUGCAGAGUAUUGGAGAAUUCCUAUGUUGGGCAGGAUUUCCAGCGUGGAGAAUUGGAGGGAGUUCUCCUCGGUGACUCGGGCUACCCCCAACGAUCAUGGCUCAUGACCCCUUUCCGCAACCCCCAAACACAUGCUGAACGUACCUACAAUAGGGCUCACAUGAGAGGACGAGUAGUUGUUGAACAGACUAAUGGACAGAUCAAGAAGAAAUUCCCUUGUCUGAGAAGAGGCCUAAGAGUAAAACCAAAGAAGGCAUGCCAGAUCAUCAUUGCGUGCACCGUGUUGUACCGGUUAUCAAAGGACUGGAAAGAACCCUAUCUUGGACGAGACCAUGAGCUUCCUGAUGUUGGUGUUGAUGACUUUGAUGGCCCUGUCAACAAUGAGGGAUAUGCAGCACGAGCCCAACUGGUUGCCAGAUGCUUUACUUGAAAUCUGCUAUAUCCAGAGACAUUGCUUUUCUAUUUUUAAAGUACUUAGAAAUGCAUUGCUUAUUGAUGAUGGUAUAUGACCCAGAGUCUACAUAUUGAACAUAUCCAUGUACAUUAUUAUUUUGAUUUACUUGAACAUUGAAGGUGGCAAUGGGAUUUGUAUGUAAACUGUUUGUAUUUUAUAUACUGUAAAUAUUAUCUUCAAAGGUUCAAUGAAAAAAGGGUAAUACAUGUUUGUAUAAUGAAUAUGAACAUGUUAUGAAGAUAUAAUGUUAAACCAUAUUAAACUUGAAAAUAAGAGAUUUUAAGUUUUAAGAUUUAAGUAUUAUUCCAAAUUAAGGAGAUACUAAACACACAAUAAAAUGGGUUCAAAAUGUUGAACAUUCUUUA